UUAGUAUUGCGCCAGUGGUGCGUGAUGUUCCUGUAAUGGCCGAUAGAGGGCGCGCAAACACGGACAUACGUGAAUACGCAAUGUUCGCAAGUGCUCUACGCAGCACUACUAAUAUGAGACACUGUUUGCGUGGAUUGCGUUGCGUAGGUGCUCAAACGUUCAGAAGUUAACGCCAACGUUUUUUACGUAAGGCAAGACCUAGCCUAGCUUGAACAGCGUUUACGCAAACGCUCUAAACGACAACAUGGGGAAAUUCGGGUUGCAGUUUAAAGCGACGUUGGAGAACGUGACAAACGUCAGACCCGACGGAGACGACUUCCGUUGGUAUUUAAAGAUGAAAUGUGGGAAUUGUGGAGAAAUCUCAGACAAAUGGCAGUAUAUCACAGCGCUGGACAGCAUGCCGCUGAAAGGAGGACGAGGCAGCGCGAGUAUGGUGCAGAAGUGUAAACUGUGCUCCCGGGAAAAUUCAAUAGAUAUCCUGAAGGACACCAUCACGCCAUAUAAUCUGGAGGACAGCGAGAGGUUCAAGACGAUGGUGCAGUUCGAGUGUCGAGGCCUCGAGCCGGUUGACUUCCAACCUCAGGCUGGAUUUGUGGCUAAGGGCGCAGAGACGACCUCUCAGUUCCCUGAAAUUAACCUUCAGGAGAAAGACUGGACGGACUAUGAUGAGAAAGCGGGCGAGUCGGUGGGCAUCUACGAGGUCACACAUCAGUUUAUCAAGUGUUGAGAGCGCUGGAGAUGGAGCACAAACAUCGUGGCUGGAGAUUUAAUCAGGAAAAUGAGACAAUUACAACGAACAUACGUCAAAAUCCAACAGAAAUGCUUUCAUUAUUGUUGUUGAAUUGUAAACGGACAUGUUUGGGAAGAACGUUCACUACAUAAAAGAUGACCGGGGUCUUGGAGAUGCAGAGCUGUACUAAAAAUAAAGUUUUAAAAGAUU